ACUGGAACAAGAUGGUAUCUGUGCUCCAAAACGUCAAGACGACAAUGGGCUGGCGGAAACACCAGCUUCUAGCUGACUUCAAUGAGAAUGAGAGCCCUGUGCCUGACAAAUUCAAGAGAAAGGCUGCUCUGAGUUCUCUCAAUACCAUACGCAUGUCUCUAAGGAAGCGAAUACCUUUAAAGCAAGUAGAGCCGAAUUUCCAUGAGACUCCAACUUGGGAAAGUCUAGAAGGAAAAGACAAGUACCAAACUCUCCAGAGUAUUACAAGAACAGCAAAAAAUGCUUUGGGAACAGUGUCCCAGAAAAUACAGAAGUCUUGCCAAAACCCAGUACACUCACUAGUGGCCUUUCCAGCUGAAUCCAUUGCCAGGAGAAGCUGUGCAGCCAGCUCUUCCAAGAAGCGAAACACUCCACCUCGAACUCCUUACCAGAAGGACAGCGUUACUCCAGCAGCCAUUUCCAAAGGCACCCCAAGAUCCAGCAAGAGAGCCUUGCUUGGGCCAGCAAGGGUGACAGAAAAGAGAGAAUGGAGGCAUUUCUCAUGCUGCCUUGGCAAAGAUACUGUCUCACUCCGGAGAUCCAGGAGAGCAGCGGCACUAAAGAGUCCUUAUUCAUCACCUUCUGCCAACAGAAAGAUAGAGUUUGACUGCGAGUUGGACCUAGUCUCCUCAGGGAUUCGUCGACUGAAGCAUCUCUCCCAGGCAUUUGAUGAUGCCGUUGUGCGAGAAGAGAGGCAACAAGCAAUAUCAAACUACAACUGUCUGAUGACACAGAACUUGCAUCUCAAACUCCCUCAAGCUAUCAGAAGGCGAGCAAAGAAUCUCCAUCAAGCAGUUUGUACUUAGACAAAGAUGGCUAAAAUAGUGUUUUUUUCCGAGCAUAUAUGAAGGAGAACUUUGUAUAAGACUUCAGAAGGUUCACUCUAUGCUUUGAACAUAACUGACUGCUUUGAAUAAGCUAUUACUUCUAGAACCUUUCUUGACAAAGCAGCUCAGGUCUUCCUGUCUCUUCUUUUGCAAGUGAACAAGGGAAUAAAAUCUGUACUACAUAAUGUGUUAUCUCCUACUGAGAGGAGGGACCAUCUUGAAUAUGACUUGCAAAAGGCAGAAAGUAUUUUGAGAGGCUUAGAUUGAGCUGACCAGUAGGGAUGGCCAGAGUAAGGGCUGCUGCUCUAUAAAUGGUGAUUAUAGGCAAGACCUAUUCAGAUGUUCCUCUGCAUAGUAUGGGUACAGAUCUAUUAAUCUUCAAGGUCUAACAAAUUUUUAUACACUAACAAACCAAAAGCCAGGGCUUUAUGAAAGCUAAGCUCAAGUUCAACUGUAAGUUAAAGGAACAGUAAAUGGCUUGUUUGAAUUCUGAUGAAAAGUGUCCUUGCCAAGGCAAUGGGCUUCUGUAGAACUGCUCAAGCCACAACAAUCGAACCACAUUAGGACUCUAACUCAUGGCUUAAUGGUUGCUAUUAAUUAGCCUUAUUAAGACCAUUUGAAGUACUUCUGUUCCAGAUGAAUCAGAGCAGCUUUGCUUCAUUUCUUACUGCUACUUUAAAUACUAUCUUGGCAGUAGAGUUAAGCAUUGAUUUUAAAUUAUGUCUGUCUUUCAGUUAUACACAGAAAUCUGUUACUACAAUUAAUAUCACCUCUUAUAACUAAUAUUAUUAGCUAAUAUUAUAGCACAGGUAUUCUACUUGAAGUGUACUAAGCAUUUGAUACUUGUAUUUAACUUCUAAUUAUUUUUUUAAACAGUAACAUUUGUUUGAUGAGCUUUUUUAGGGAGGUUAUUUAGUUAAGUCUUUAGAACUAAAGCAAAGACUUCUCAAGCUUCUAGAAUUCAACACCAGGGCUAUGUUUUCCAUGGUAGCAGCUUUGUGCAGGCUUGUUAUCUUUUAGUUCUAGAAAAAGAACCUUUAAACAGAAGAUUAAUUUGGGAAACUUGCUAUACUUAACAUGGGUACCUUAAAAAAUGUUUAUUUGGUGAAACUGGAACAGCUAAAAUUCUAAUGGUAUUAAGUAGAAAUAUGAGAAGCAAUCAUGUUCAGUUCUGAUAUGAGUAACUACUGAUUUUUAAACUUGCUCCUGAUUUUCUUGGUUGUCAAACUGGACUGCUUAAAAAAAAAUACAGUAACAGUUGUGAAAGAUUGGAAACUCUUGCAUAAAAAAGCCCUGACUUCUAGCACUUCUGAUGUGUUGGGAGAGCUUUAGUUUCUGUGUUGAUUUUACUUUUUUCUUUUUAAAGCCUAUUUUUUCCAUAUAGAACAAUAGCUUGAAG